AUGGCCUCCAACGAGCCGGCAGAUCCCAUCCCUAAUGGGAUAUUUGCCACUGCCCGGCAGUCCUUUGGAGACCUCUUCAUCUGGAAACAGCGUGUCGAGGUCACCAACGAACAUGGUGAAUCUCGGACAGAAUGGCAGGCCCCUGAGCCAAUCAAGAAUCCUAUCAGUCUGAUGGCACAGCUUUCAGCUCGUGACUGGAUAUUCUUCCUCGUGGGACUCACAGCAUGGACUGCCGAUGCAUUUGACUUCCAUGCACUGUCCAUUCAAACGGUCAAGUUGGCCGACUACUACGGCAGAUCCAAGACCGAUAUAUCGACUGCAAUCACCCUGACACUGUUGUUAAGAAGUGUGGGAGCCGCCUGCUUUGGACUCGCGGGUGAUAAGUAUGGCCGUAAAUGGCCCAUGGUGCUGAACAUGAUUAUCCUGGGAGUGUUGCAGAUUGCGACAAUCUACAGUAAAACCUUCCAGCAGUUCCUGGCUGUCCGCAGUCUCUUUGGUCUUUUCAUGGGUGGUGUGUAUGGAAAUGCUAUUGCCAUGGCAUUAGAACAUUGCCCUGUCAACGCCAGAGGACUGAUGUCUGGAAUUCUUCAGCAAGGAUACUCCUUGGGCUAUGUUUUUGCAGCAUGUGCCAACCUUGGUGUCGGAGGAGGUACAGAAACUUGGAAGACCGUCUUUUGGAUCGCUGCUGGCAUCUCAAUUGCAGUCGGACUGGUCCGAAUCUGCUUUCCCGAGUCCAAGUCUUUCAUCGAAGCCAAGCAGUCUGGUAAACGCACGAUGACUGCAGGAGAAUUCUGGCGAGAGAUAGUAGCCAUGCUGGGCAAGGAGUGGAAAAUGUGCAUCUAUUGUAUCAUUCUAAUGACCUGGUUCAACUUCUAUUCCCACACCUCCCAAGACUCCUACACCACCUUCAUGCUCACCUCCAAAGAGCUCAACAACACCAGUGCUUCGAGAGCAUCGAUUUUGAUGAAGACAGGAGCCUGUGUAGGAGGAACUAUCAUCGGAUACCUCUCUCAGUUUGUCGGCCGUCGACGGGCAAUCAUUGUCGCCGCCUUCGUGUCUGGAGUACUCAUCCCAGCAUGGAUUCUCCCCCAGGGUGAGCGUUCCCUGAGUGUGACUGGAUUCUUCAUGCAAUUCUUCGUUCAAGGUGCAUGGGGUGUGAUCCCCAUCCACUUGAACGAGCUUUCCCCUCCCGCAUUCCGAUCCUCAUUCCCUGGUCUCAGUUACCAGCUCGGAAACAUGAUCUCCUCUCCGUCUGCCCAGAUUGUGAAUGCCGCCUCUGAGUCGAUAUCGGUGACUAGUGCAUCUGGUCACAGGGUCAAUGCCUAUGGACCAGUGAUGGGAGUUGCCACUGCCAUCAUCGCUGUUGGAAUCAUGGCUACUACUGCCAUUGGCCCCGAGAAGCGUGGUCGCCGCUUUGAGAGUGUCGUUGCUGGAGUUGAUGAAGUGGCUGAUGCCAAAGCUAGGGACUUGGAGGCUGCUGGCCAGGACCCUGGCAAGACAAAUGAUGAGAUGAUUGAGCUGCCUGAUCAGAAGAAAUAA